AUGAGGAAUUUAAUCUACUGCUUUGUGCUUCUGAUCGCCGCGAAUGCAAUCACGGCGAAUCCCUGCGCCAAGCCGCCAGAGGUUGAUCCUCGCUCCUGUUGCUCCUUUCCCAUGCCGCUGCCAGAGGCUCUCGUGGCGGAUUGCGUGGGCAAGUUCGGGGAGCAAUCCAAAAGAGUGAUGCAGUCCAUCAUGACCGGAGGUCCUCCGCGAGGAGCGUGUGUGGCCGAGUGCCUGUCCAACACCACCGGCGUGAUCAGUGGCGUUGAGGUGAAUGUGGAAUUGCUGGUGGCCGGAUUUAAGAUGGCAGCUGACGGAAUGCCCGAGUGGGAUCCAGUGAUUGAAGCUGGAAUUCCCGAGUGCGCAGCAAUGGUGAAAUCACUGGAAGGGGAGUUUGAGAAGGCGGCCAAGCUGCCACCGCUCGAUCCUGCCGAUCCCAUUUGCCACGCUGGGCCAGGAUUCAUGUUCUUCUGCACGGUGAAGACACUCUUCCAGUCCUGUCCCGCCAAGUACUACAAAGCCUCUCCGCAAUGUGAUGCACUGAAGAAAUACGCUGACACGUGUCCUUUGGGCUUCUAA